GCCGGGUCGAAGCGAGCUCGCGCGUCGCACGAGGACUGUUGCACGGCCUGAGCCGAUGUCGAUCGCGGCCCGUAGGUCUCUCUGGCUCUCGAGCGAACUGAGAGAGGCGAGCGAGAAAACCGGCGAGUAGCGAGAGCCGCGAGAGGGGAGCAGCCACGGUUUACCCGCCGCACGGUGACGCGCUCUCGGACGCGCAAGGAUACAGCUCAGACCAAGAGGAGAAGAGAGAAGAGCGCCGCUCCUCCGUCGCUGACUUAGGCCUGUCUGGCUGGGUGAAGAGCGGCGACCGAUCGAGAGGACGGGCCAACCGGGCCGUCUGUCUGGCCCUUCGACACGCGCUGCGUCGACAGGCUGGCCGACCAGCUCGCCGCAUCGUUUUCUAAGCCGCACGACACCACGACGUCUCAUCGCUGCGCAUCCGAGGCAACUCGCAAAGUUCCCGAACGAGAGAGUGUCGUCCACGACGUUUACCACGACCGAGAGCGCAUCGCCCGGCUAUAUUUCGGAGGGCCUGCCUGUGUCGGCGUGUUCGCGGCGACACAGGUAAACGAACGAGAGAAAGUGGCGAGGAAACGGAGCAAGAACGAAGAAGGAGGAGGAGGAGGAGGAAGAGGAGGAGGAGGAGGAGGAGGACAGAGGCCAGACACAAUGCGGCCUAGGGCCGCGGCAACGUCAAACAGCGCAGCCCUCGGGUUGUUACGUCGGUUCCCGGUCGUUCUGCGAGUCACCUGCGUCCUUGCCCUACUGGUCGUCACGUGGAUACCGGUCACCGAGGCUGUGCUUUGCAAAGAUCCGUACAAAUGCGAUUGCAGAGGGAUAAAAGGUGUGCCAGGUUUCCCUGGUAUCGCUGGGCCCCAGGGACCGGAAGGACCACCUGGUGACAUCGGUCCCGACGGGCCACCUGGUCCGAAAGGUGAGAAGGGCGCCGCUGGAGAACACGGUGCCACCGGAGAGAAGGGUUACAGGGGUGACCCAGGUAUACGAGGUUUCCCAGGAGCUGACGGACUGCCGGGUAAAUCCGGUCCAUCAGGUGUGAUGGGACCAGACGGUCUGGACGGAUGCAACGGGACCGACGGACGUACCGGUCCACCAGGAUUGCCUGGUAUCCAUGGUGAACGUGGUGAACCAGGGUCAUUCGGAGAACAAGGGCCCGCCGGUGAACCUGGUGACGGUGGUAUCAAUUCCGUGGGCGUGAAAGGCGUUCGAGGAGACGCUGGCGUCGACGGGCCUGAGGGUUUUCCAGGAUCGUACGGGAUCCCCGGUGAAAUGGGCUAUCCAGGAGAGACGGGAGACAUGGGUUUCCGCGGAUCUCCAGGAUUACCAGGCAUGCAAGGCGACGUCGGUGAAACGGUGUACGGUAUAAAAGGCACGGUGGGCGAGCAAGGAGACAGAGGAGAGCCUGGCCUGCCAAGUCCUGACGAGUACACGAGAAAUACCGACUACCCACGUGUAAAGGGUGCAAGAGGUGCCAAGGGGAUGCGAGGAGAUACUGGCGAUCGGGGGUGGAAAGGGGAACUGGGCGACAGAGGUCCUUUCGGUCGGCCAGGAUUUCCUGGUAUUAAAGGUAUGAAAGGAGAGCAAGGUGACGACGGACCUAGAGGCAAACAGGGUGUCGAAGGCCCGCCAGGACCAGCAGGCGAAAAGGGAGAGAAAGGAGCUCCAGGCUACGCUGGAAAACCAGGACCCGAUGGCUUUCCCGGAGAGUCGGGCGACGCGGGGAAUCAAGGACCGCCUGGUAAACAAGGAGCAGCGGGAGAGCCUGGAAAAUAUAUACCGGAACUGGAUGAAAUAAUUCAGGGGAAUAUUGGAAUUCAAGGAGAUUUAGGUCCGCCUGGUAGCCCAGGUGAGCCAGGAGUACCAGGUUUACCUGGCAAAGUAGGUUACAUCGGGCCGCCUGGUCCUCCAGGACCUUCCGGGCUCCCUGGAUUGGCAGGAUUAAAAGGAUCUUCCAUCAAAGGAGAGCCAGGACAAGAUGGUCUUACCGGAGAGAUGGGCUUGCAAGGUCCACCAGGUUUAUCGGGCAUAUCCGGCCCCGUUGGUCCAAAAGGAUUGCCCGGAAUAACGAUAAGCGGCCCACCAGGCAUCGAUGGGAAACCUGGAUACCCAGGCAUUCCUGGAUUACCUGGAGAUCGCGGUGAUCCUGGUUCCCAAGGUCCGAAAGGUUUCCCGGGGAAAGGAAGCAGGAUAGGAGGUCCUCAGGGCGAACGUGGUCUGCCAGGAUUACCGGGACUCCCCGGACCCGAUGGAUGGCCCGGUAGGCCAGGGCCCAAGGGUGUGAAAGGUUUUGCAGGAGACGACUGCGGUGUCUGUGCGCCAGGGCUGCCUGGUAAGAAGGGUGAACCCGGUGAUUCCGGUCUCGACGGAUAUCCCGGAACGCCGGGCUACCCAGGACUGCCUGGACCGCGCGGGUUCAAAGGCGUGCAGGGUAAACGAGGUGUGAUGGGCCCAAGAGGAUUGGAAGGUGACAGUGGUCGGCCAGGAAUCGCUGGCCCUCAAGGACCAAAGGGUGAAACGGGGAAAUUGAUACUUCCGGGACCGAUGACCAGACUGCCUGGCGACGUUGGCGACAAGGGUUACCCUGGCAUCGAAGGACCGCGGGGUUCGCGAGGAUCGCCUGGCAUUCGCGGUGACACAGGCGCUCCAGGACCUAAGGGAGAGAAGGGUGAUCAUGGUCCUGCAGGAUUGCCAGGGAGCGAUGGUUUCCCCGCGUUCGAUGGUAUCCCAGGUUUGCCAGGUGACAACGCGUCGAUACCGGUCGUGUUUCUGCGAGGUGUGCCGGGUUUCCCGGGAAGUCCGGGUGUGAAGGGCGGGAAGGGUGAAAAAGGAGGAAAAGGUGAAACCGGCGAAUCUUAUCCACCGCCGGUUAUAAAUCUGAAGGGAGACAAAGGGUACAAAGGAAUACGAGGCGAUAUAGGGAGGGAUGGUGAGAAAGGAGAGCAAGGAUGGCCCGGUGACGAAGGAUAUCAGGGACUACCGGGACUUCCUGGAGUCCGCGGCAUAUCGCUGCAAGGUCCUGAAGGUUUGAAGGGUUAUCCCGGCAUGCCUGGAGAUCAAGGUCCUCGUGGAACACCGGGUACACCAGGGUCUCAAGGACCUGUCGGUUUCUCGGGUCGCUUAGGUAACAAGGGAGAUCGCGGAGACCCGGGAUCAAAUCAGACGUACGGCGAUUACGGAUUAACUGGUUGGGCCGGUGAUAAAGGAAACAUCGGCGACGCUGGACCUAGAGGUUUGCAGGGUAGGCCCGGAUUGGAUGGAGUGAAAGGCGUGAAAGGUGGCAAAGGAGCUCCUGGUUCGGAAGGACUGCCCGGACUUCAGGGAGCCAAAGGUCAACGAGGCGACAGCGUUCAGGGAGUUAGAGGCUUCCCUGGAAUACCUGGACAACCUGGAAUGCCCGGGCGAAUGGGAGAAAUCGGUAGACCAGGUUCCUACGGAACGUUGGGAUUCGACGGGAUGAAGGGCCUGAAGGGAGAGAUCGGUCUCAAGGGGCGCAGCGGCGAGGAGGGUGACAUUGGACCGAUGGGCUACUUGGGAAGAGACGGUGUCGCGGGUCUGCCUGGUCCACCGGGGCCGAAAGGUGACAUUGGCGAGAUCGGCGAGUCCGGCCCGCCCGGAUGGCCUGGCCUCGAAGGGAUAUCCGGAACGUUAGGAGCCAAGGGAGAACCGGGAGACGUUGGACCCGAGGGUAUCGUUGGCAUUAUGGGACUACCUGGUCCAAAGGGCAUCCCUGGAGACAUCGGGCCAGAUGGUUUGGACGGGCCGCCCGGUGAAAACGCGUUCAGCGGGCCGCAAGGUGACAUUGGCGAGCCUGGUUUCAUGGGAGAGAUCGGGCCUCCCGGUACGCCGGGCAUGGACGGACGACGCGGUAUACCUGGUGAACCGGCAAUAUCGAUAAAUGGCAAGCCUGGACCGAAAGGGGAGAAAGGUGAAAUUGGCUUCGACGGUUUCAACGGGCUAGCCGGGCUGAAAGGAGAGGUAGGUGACAUGGGUCCGGAUGGCUUGAAAGGGCCGCGAGGAGAUUGGGGGUUGAAGGGUAGGCCCGGGGCACUUGGUAUUCAUGGUUUCCACGGCGUGAAGGGUGAACGAGGCCCGAUAGGGCCGCCUGGUUACGACGGGCCUAAAGGUAAAAGGGGAUUGGAUGGCGAUCCAGGUCGAAUGGGUUUACCAGGAAUGCCUGGCGAUCCGGGCCCUAGAGGGUUCCCCGGUUUAAUGGGCGCGCCAGGGCCCAAAGGAAUGGUUGGUGAACCGGGUCCGCCAUCGUACGGCACAGCGGAGAGGGGUGACUUUGGUAUUCCUGGUCUCAAUGGCUUGCAAGGUGAAAAGGGAAUGCGAGGUGAACCUGGUUUCCCGGGAUUGCCUGGACGAAAGGGCAUGGAAGGUAAUAUUGGAUUACCUGGACUUGAUGGAUUCCCAGGUUUGCCAGGUUUCCCGGGUCUUCCCGGCGAUCAAGGACCUCAAGGUUUCCCAGGAUUAACUGCCGAGUACGUUGAGCCAGGUGAAGAUGGUGUACCCGGGUUAGAUGGACUGCCCGGUAUUCCAGGAAUUCAUGGACAAAAAGGUGCGCCCGGCGAGUACGGAUACAAUGGUCCUAAAGGAAUUGUAGGAGAUAUCGGUAUCAGCAUACGCGGUCCGAAAGGGCUUCCAGGAGACGAAGGUCCAGUAGGUUUCGAUGGUUACCCUGGAGCUCCAGGACUGGAUGGAUUGGAGGGAAUUGUCGGACCAUCGGGAGAGAAAGGCGACACAGGAGACGCUGGAUUGCCUGGUAUCUCGAUUAAAGGAACUGAAGGAGAGCCAGGAUUGCCUGGAUUCGUUGGUAGGAAAGGAGAACGCGGGCAAAAAGGUGAGCCAGGUUACCCUGGACUCCCAAGUGCGCCUGCACCAAGAGGAGAACCCGGCGACGACGGAAGCGAGGGUCCACCUGGCCCGCCAGGACCUCCAGGACCAAAAGGGCCGAAAGGAGAUCGUGGUAUUAACCCCUUCUCGCCUUUCCCAAGGAAAGGCUUACCGGGAGAUGAAGGACUUCCAGGACUGCCAGGUUUCCCUGGGCUUCAAGGGAAGGUAGGCGAACCAGGAGAAGACGGAGUUCCCGGAUUGGAGGGAGAACCCGGGAUGAUAGGGCUUCCAGGUUUCCCGGGGCCAGACGGCAAGGAUGGCCCCCCUGGUUUCCCUGGAGCUCGUGGCGCGGUUGGACGUCAAGGACUUCCGGGACCACCUGGAGUAAGAGGGGCUCCUGCACCACCAGCGCCAGGCCCUCGAAACAGAGGUUUCUUCUUCGCCAGACACUCGCAAUCCGAAAUGAUACCAGUGUGCCCGCAGAACACGGUGAAACUUUGGGACGGUUUCUCGUUUUUGCAUAUAAUGGGCGAAGGAUAUUCCUACGGGCAGGAUCUUGGCACGGCCGGAAGCUGUCUCAGGAAAUUCUCCACCAUGCCUUUCACAUUCUGUACUUUGCAAAAUGUGUGCGACUACGCGAAUAAGAACGACUACAGCUACUGGCUGAGCACGACAGAACCUAUGCCGAUGUCGAUGGCGCCGAUACCAGCGCCGGAAGUCGGAAGAUACCUCUCAAGAUGCUCCGUCUGCGAGGCCUCGACUCGCGUGAUCGCUGUCCACAGUCAAUCUAUGGCUAUACCAGAGUGUCCCGGUGGUUGGGAAGAACUUUGGAUCGGAUACAGCUUCCUCAUGCAUCGAGACGCAGGGGGACGCGGAUACGGCCAGUCGCUGGUCUCGCCCGGUUCCUGCCUCGAGGAAUUCCGCGUCCGACCGUUCAUCGAGUGCCACGGUUUCGGCACGUGCAACUACUACUCCACUGCCACGUCCUUCUGGCUGACAAUCAUCAAGGACGGCGACAUGUUCCGCAGGCCGAUACCACAGACGUUGAAAACCGACCACACGUCGCGGGUGAGUCGUUGCGCGGUGUGCCUUCGACGACGGGUCACCGAAGAUCAUCGCCAAGACGUCGGCCGAGUGCCGAGGCCAUUCACGCCGAACGGUCAGAGGGAGCAGCAGCAAGUCGGCAACGUUCAGUACCCGUACUCGCAACAGCAACAGCAACAGCAACAACAGAGCCAACGUUAUUAUCCGAACUAUCAGUACCAGAGGUUGGGCCCGGUAGGAAGAACCAGAGGGCCGAACAGACGCGUGCCGUAUCAAUAUCGAAGGAAAGGCAGACUACGUAAACCCGAGCGGACGACAGAGUCGCCGCAGGAAACGGUUGCUUAAAAGCAACGAUCGAGAGAGAGGGAUUCGUCAUUCACUUUUGACGUACAUUCGAACGUCUGAAGUUCUCGGGAGCUAGUUAAAACCGCGGGAUUUAAUUCACUUUCACUGCUAAAGGCGUGUAUAUAUACGCCCUCACAAGUCGGUCCGUAUACACGAAAGGCGUAUCUAUACGCUAUUAUAUUAGUCGCAACGUCUAACAGUAGAAUAUCGCGCCCGUCUAUAACUGAUGGUUCGCUCCGAAAGUGCGCCUCAGUGAAAAGAUUAACGCUUUAACCUUAAAGGUUGCCGCGCACGUCGUGGAAUUUUUUUGUUUCCCAAAAUUGCGAUGUAUUUCCAGUAUAUUCAAACGAAAGAAAAUUGGCAAGUAACAAACAAUAGAUUUGUCGUUUCUGUCCACCGAUAUACGUACCGAGACGAGUUCAGAGAGAAAGCGACGAAUUGGUCACUCGUUAUGGUCCGCAAUCAGCUGCCAGUGGGCGAAUGGUUUUGGAAGUCCCUUAACGCGUAAAUUCUAAAUUCAAGCAGUGACGAGUGUCACACGUCGAACUGCCUAGACCACAUUUCGCUAUAGGCUCUGAUAACACCUCGAGGAUAUCGGUGAAACGUGAAAAUUUUAUUUGCACAUCGAGAUCUUCCGGGGCUCAUCGAGGCUUCGAGUCACGUUCAAAGUGUUUCGAAACUCUUCGUCACUGGAAACUGGCGAGUCUGUGUGCGUGUGUACAUAUAACAAGAUAUUCCGAGUCUGUUAGUUAAGUUAUCGCAAGUCUGUUCCACAUAAUGGCGUAGUCGAGGAACGCGAAGGACCAUUCGUCGUUUUUAAUGCCAAAAAUACGACACGACUACGGGGACGAACGUCCUCCCGCUGAAACUGCCAAUCGAACCCGCGUUCGAACGAUCGAGUCUUAAAUUAACUGUUAAUUCAGUGUAUCAUAUGUAUCGCUAUUUUAUCUUGUAACACUUUACUUGUCUAUGUAUUUACAUCGAAUAAAGAUCGUUUUAUAGAAGCUACCGAACGCCGAAAUGGCCUGACGAUUCUCGAGAGGCGAGGCGUUACGAAUUUUCUGUUCGACUCGGUCUCUUUCGUCAUUCUUUUCUUUUUUUUUUUUUUUGAAAAGAAUAAUUAUAUACAAAUUUAUUUUUUAGAUAGGAAAAUUUAAAUUAACAAUUUACAGAAUUGGAAUAAAUUAUAAAUUAAUUUUCUCUAAAUCACUCUAGAUUAGAAUAAUUCACAAAAUUGUUCCGCGAUUGUUAAAGUUUAAAGAAUAACGCGGAUCAACAUUCUUUUUUUUUUUUUUUCUAUUAAACAGUGGAAGCUUGGAAUUAUCCUACUCGUUCAAAUAACAGGUAUUUACACGAAAGCUUCUGUUUGCCUUGUUAGUCGAUGGACACAAUUUAAAUCCUUCUGCGAACUUACGAAUACACGCGUACACGAAAGAGACCUAAGAAAAUUUUCUUACUAAUUUGCUUCUGAACUUUGCUUAAGAAAACAUUCUCUUCUUCGUUUCCUCUCUGUCUUCAAAUUGUGCCAAGAUUGGAAUGAAAAAAAAAAUCUGCUACUAUCUAUCACUAUUUAAAAGUCAUUGUAUAACUCUGUAUAAUAAUUAUAUACGUGUAACUGUCGACCUUAUGCUUGAUGCAUAUUUAGAAGAGAACCGUAAGAGACAAAUAUAAGGAAAACUAUCGCGCGUAACAGUAAGAGACAACUCUGAUUUUAUAUUUAUAUACAUAUAUGUAUGUAUCGCUAUUUUAAGUAAGAAAAUAUAUUAGUUAUUCAAA